UCUAGGCAUCAUUUCUGCCGCAUUCGUUCGUCUCUUCUGCUAUCGGCAUUGUACGGGGCACGUGUGAAAAACGUACAAGUUUUCGUUAACUUCUAAUUGACUGUACAAGAGUGUUUUUUGGAGCAUAUAAAAUGGAGUCCGAAUCGUUUUAUGGUGUGACCCUCAGCGAAAAAGAGCCUUUAGCACAGUUUGAUGUGCCAGAAAUACCUGAGGAGUAUGUUGUGCACUCACACAAGUUGAUCAUCAAACAGAUUUCCCUGGGACCAGAUGCGAAAACGGGCGAAUACAAUGUUGUGCAGGCAGAAACAAAUGUGAACGAAGAAGGCGCGAAGAAGACAGUCAAAAUUCCUAUUGCCGUUUUAAAAGUCGGCGAAACUCGCACUUUGCAUCCAAAUGUGGAAUUUCCCAAUGGCUCAGUCACAUUUAAGCUUGUCCAAGGCACGGGGCCGGUCUAUGUGUACGGCAAGGCGGAGAUGAACUUGGGUGAAUACGAUGAUGCUCAUAUGUAUGAGGAGUAUUCGGACGAGGAAGACGAAAGUGAAUUGGAGCUUGACGAGGAAGCUUCGCCACAGACAAAUGGAAAGAGCAAUAAAAAGAAGUAAUUAACAAAUACAAUAAUACACCCAGUAAACUAAGUAACAAAGCGGAAUAAAAAAUCAAUCAUAAAUGUUUACAGUAGAACUCUGAAACAAAACAUAUUUUUGGUAAAGUAUGAAUAAACAAAAAGCAAUUCAAAACAAA